AUGAGCCCACCACAGGCAAGUCUUGAUGCAUCAACAGCUUGUGACGUGAUGAAAAUUUUGAAAGAUCUUUCAAAAAAUGGAUGUACUAUCGUUUUUUCAAUUCAUCAACCACGAUACUCGAUUUUUGAACUCUUUGACACCGUCUUAUUGCUAUCUAAAGGUCACACCGUCUAUUUGGGUCCAUCCGCUAACGUUCAAUCAUAUUUUAUUUCGCAAGGAUUUACAUACCAGGAAUAUGACAAUCCAGCAGAUUUUACACUCGACAUACUCAUUCAAGCAGCUCGCACUAAUCGAACAACAGAUCUAUACAAUAAUUAUCUUAACUCGCCAAUGUAUCGUUUGAUUUCAGAUCGCUUAACGAAUACUUUAGACACUGUAGAUAGCGCAAUAUCACAACAGCAACAGCCAAUGCGAUCGAUUGCAUCGAAAUUUUUCUAUGUUUCUCAGCGCACACUACGCAAUACAAUACGCAAUUCUGCACUACUAACGUGGCAAAUCGCGGUUGCCAUUAUUCUAGCAGUGCUUACCGGUCUUCUCUAUUACCGAUUGCCGCAAACGACAGGUUCAGGUGUCCAAAAUCGUCUAGGAGGCCUUUUCUUCGUUACAGUCAAUCAAAUUUUUAGUACUGCAACAGCACUUGAACCAUUUAUCAAGGAACGUGCACUCUUCAUUCAUGAAAAUGUCAGCGGUUACUACAGCAUGCAAACGUUAUUUUUUGCGAAAUUACUGUGCGAUCUUGUACCAAUGCGAGUUGUGCCCUCGCAUAUCUGUUUUUGCUGUCGCUGUGAUCGUGCUGGUCCUCAUAUUUGUCAUCAUGAUGGUAUUUAG